AUGGCCCCAAGGAUUGAGGCCAGGGAAGUCACCAAGAGGACACAGGGUGGGGAAGAGAAAGAGGAAAAAGGGCAAAAGGGUAGGGGCAGAGCUUGCAGAGAGGACACGGACUUGGCGCGGAUCCCGAAACAGGGUUAUAGUCUCAGUUUACCAGAACAUCCCGCUCCCCAGCUUCGCCCUCAAUCCAUCAUCAAAUCGGAAGGAGAAACAACAGGGUCUGACGGCCACGGGUGUUCAUUUUGGGACUCAGGGGCAAGGUCCGUGAAAGGCGCCACCGUGCGGCAAGAGGAGGAAUGGUUCUUAUACUAUCUACUUGGAGUAGAUAAGCGGCAUGAAGCCAAGCAACCCCUGUUUUUGUCUGAAUCAUCUCUUACACCGUCUCUGAUUUGGAAUGGAAACAGGGAGGAAAGGAGAUUCGCUUCACAGAAGCCCCUCCCUAAGCCUUGGCUUCUCCAUUGGAAAGUCAGAAGCUUCCAUCUGACCAUUGGUUCUCAGACAUUUGGCUUCCCAGGCCCUGUUCUAGGGUCCCCGGGGGACCAGUCUGCGCCAGCGGCAUCCUCUGGGGCUACACUAUCUCCUAGCACCUUACAAACAAGGGGCGGUGACAGGAACGACAAAAAGCUAGAGGCUCCCAAGAACUUGUCCUCGCCCUCCUCCCGCUUCCGGCUGGAGCCUAGAACUUUCUCUAUCUCUCUCCCCAGUGACCUAGAUGAGAAAACACUGUGUGCUGUGAAUCACCCAGGCAAGGAGAAGCUUGGAAGACCUGGUCCGGCCGCCUCAGCCACACGCCCCCUCCCUCAUUUCCCCUCAAGUCAACCGCAGCUCCCGGAAGAAAACCAGCUGAUUUUGUUUCUGGCUCAGAGCACGAGCUGUUCUCUGCCUGGAGUGUCCCCCUAAAGCUCAGCUACCUACAGAAACCCUCCCUUUCUGUUCUGAGAUAAAGCCUCCUCUGAGCUUC